AUGGAUAGAAUCUACUUUACGAUUAACGGAAGGAAAUACAGUGCUGGUCCCGAGGUAUCGGUGGACACAACGCUCAAUGAGUACAUCAGGCGGCGCGCGGACCUGCGCGGCACCAAGUACAUGUGCCUGGAGGGCGGUUGCGGCGCCUGUGUGGUCAAUGCGCGCACGCAGCGCCCAGGCACCGGCGAGAUUAUCACCUUUUCUGUUAACUCAUGCCUCGUAGCAGUAUUAUCAUGUGAAGGUUGGGAUAUCACCACUAUAGAAGGCAUAGGAAGCAGAAGGAAAGGUUACAACAUCAUCCAGAAAAGACUUAACAAUUAUUUCGGCUCUCAGUGUGGAUAUUGCAGCCCUGGUUUUGUUAUGAGUAUGUAUAGCUUGAUACAAAGUUCAGAACAUCAUUUAUCAGAAGAAGAGAUUGAAAAAUCAUUCGGCAGCAAUCUAUGCAGAUGUACCGGCUACAGACCCAUUCUAGAGGCCUUCAAGUCAUUUGCAGUAGACCCCGAUCCGAAAAUAAUAAACAAAAUUAAAGAUAUUGAAGACAUUGAUAAUUUAAUCUGUACAAAAUCAGGUAAAAAGUGCGCUGGGACUUGCGUAGAUGACGAAGAAGAAUGGUGUCUAAUAAAUGCAAAAGUCACGACGAGCAAUGAUGUUUCGGUGACCAAGAAGAUAUUGAUUUCUGAUGAUAAAGUGUGGUUUCGAGUUAACAACAUUAAAGCGAUAUUUGAGGCGCUGGAUGACGUUCAAGGGUAUGAUAACUACAUGUUGAUUGCGGGGAAUACUUCUAGAGGAGCUUAUCCUAUAAAGUUUUUCCCCAAAAUUCUGGUCGAUAUAAGUGGUGUGGCCGAAUUACGCACGCACUUUCUGGACGUGAACUUAGUUCUUGGGGCAAGCACAACCCUAACAGACACUUUAAACUUAUUCAACGUAUUAAGCAAGACGAAUGAUGAUUUCUGGUACUUGGAAGUUUUGAAGAAACAUCUUGAAGUGGUUGCCCAUAUACCUGUGAGGAACAUUGGCACUUUAGCCGGGAAUCUUAUACUAAAACAUGAGCAUCCAGAUUUUCAGUCAGAUAUUUUUCUGCUGUUUUCGUGUGUUGGAGCUAUUAUAACACUAGUGGACCGUAGUAUGCAGCAGACAGAAAUGGCUCUUCCAGAAUUUCUGACCACAAAUAUAGUAGGCAAGGUCAUGACAACGAUUAAAUUGCCGCCCUUGUCCAGAAGUUAUAGGAUCGUUACAUACAAGAUAAGACCAAAAGCCCAAAACGCACACGCUGAAGUCAACGGCGCUUUCCUCUUCAAAUUCGACCUCAAAACCCACAAAAUUGCUACCGCUUCCAUCGUCUACGGGGGUAUAAACCCUUCCUUUACCCACGCGUAUAAUACAGAGAAGUUUUUAAUCGGACGGGAUCUUUUCACGAAUGAGACAUUGCAGGGGGCCCUGCAUUGUUUGGAGAAGGAGGUGGAUCCGGACUUUAACCCGCCGGAGCCAAGUCCGCAUUAUAGGAAGAAAGUGGCUUUAGCUUUAUUUUAUAAGGUAACAAAUAACAAUGGUACCAACUUCAAUACCUAA